AGACGAACUUCGCGAUUGCAAAACAGUUCUAACUUGCAGAAAGUGAGAUAAAUUUUUUAUGUCGGGAAACUGUUUGCUAUUUUAACACUCUGUGCAGCGUGUAUGGAUAUUUAGAAAGCUCUUGAUGUUGCAUUUAAAUAUCAUGCAAGUAUAUUGAAGUAAAAAUUGUGAUAGAGCUCCAUAUUUUUUUAAUUCUAAGCAUUGCCUAAAAAGACAAAUCAAAGUAUCAACGAGGAUAUGCCAAUUUUUCGAAAAAGCAUGGGGAAAGAAGAAAAGAAUUUGUUUGAGAAGAAAUUUCAAGUUGCUCAAGAGAAACCAGAUGAGUUUUUUGACCUCACAAACUGUGGAAUGCCUACAGUUCCAGAUAAAGUUUAUGCAUUUUGCAAAAUUCUGCAGAAAAAGAUAAUGCUUUUGCAAUAUAACAGAAUUCAUUCAUUGAAUGGUGCAAAAAUGGAAGAAUUUGCAAUGUUACAAGUUUUGGAUUUGUCACACAAUGAAAUUGGAACUCUUCCAAAGCAAAUAAACUGCCUUGUGAAUUUACAAAAACUUGAUUUGUCAUUCAACAAACUGAAACGGCUGCCAGAUGAAAUUGGAUCUUUGGUUAAAAUACAAACAUUCAAUCUUCAAGGAAACAAGUUGACAUAUUUGCCCCCAACUAUAAAACAUAUGCGAGAACUACAGACUUUGGAUAUUCGUGAAAACAAAGAUCUUGCUCAACUUCCAGUUAAUCUUUGCUACCUUCGCUCGAUGGAGGAAUUUCUUUAUGACAAAGAAAGAAUUCGCUAUCCCCCAAGAGAGGUUUCCAGUAAAGGAUUUCUGGAGAUCAAAAGAUGGUUUAUGCUGGUUAAAGGCGAUGAAUUCGAAGGAGAGCUGGCUGCUCUACAAGCAAGGCUACCAGAAAAGCAGUCUGACCACUCAUCUUCCAGCCUCUCAGAUGACGGAGCUGCAUACGAGGAAUCAAUCAAGAAGAGAGAAGAAAUUCGAGAAAAGAAAAAACAAAGGCAGCUUGAAUUAGAAAAGAAAAUCCUAGACGCACAAACUGAAAAUGCUGUUCUUAUGUCAUCUGCGGCGAAAGAAAGACAAAAGCUUUUGGCAAAUGUUGCCUUUGAGGAAAUGAGGAACCAAUCAGAGGUUCACCGAGCUUAUGAAGAGAGCGAGGGUAGCAGAAAGAAACUACUUCAGGCUUUACGCCAAGAUGAAGAGUAUUUGAACGAUACAGUAUCAUUAGUGCUGCAAAUGACAGAAAAGGCACGAAGGACAGAAGAGUUGCUCGACGAAAUGGAGGCAGAGAGAGAGAGAACAGAUAUGCUAUUCAGAAUAACCCAGGAAGAAACUGAAAGGCUGAAGAAAGAAGACGUAAUACGAUGCAUGACUAUUGUUAUGCAAGAACUCGAAAAACAUCAAGAGAAAUUUGCCGAAUACGAGAGGUCACGUGACAACACUUCCAAACUUGCUUUAAGGAGCUUGCAGUCAAAUCAAGACAUUGAGACGCUGCUUCACGAAAGAGACGAGCAUCGAACUGAUCUUCUUCAGAAGAUAUCAGAUGAGGAAGAGAGUCAGAUGAUGGCAUUCAAAGCUUUGCAGUUUCAGAAGGAUUCCAAGCUUUCACGUAUUAGACAACAGAUUGACAUGAUAAAUAACGAGCUUCGCCGGAUCACAAUGUUGGAAAUGGAGAAAAGGGUUCAGAAGGAGGAAGAAGAAAUGAAUCGUCUCGCUGAGAUGCGCAUCAACACUGCUCUUAUUUUGAGCCAGCUUAUAGAUGAACAAGAAAGGAGGGAAAGUGAAUUGAUCAAAAGACUGAAAGAAAUGGAACAUUACAAAGAGGACGAAGCCAAGGAUUACUGGCUUAUUCAGUUUCAAAGGCUACUUGAUAGCAAGCCUCAAGUUCUUGUUGAUGAUGAAAAUGAAUUGGAUAUUUACGUUGUCGAAAUUCUUAUGAAUGCGAAUGCAAGGGAGUAUUUGCCAAUAUUUGGAAGACAUAAGAUCACAAAAGAGCAGAUAAAUUUGAUGACACACGAUGAACUCAAAAAGAUUGGAGUGCAUAGCGAGGAUGCACGUGUUUAUAUUCUGGCUGCAAUUAAAAACAAGAUACUAAUGAGCCAUGAGAUGGAACAAAAGCAAAACUUUUCAAAGUCUGUGUCUUGUGAGGCAAGCGAGGUGAAAAUGGAGGCAUUGCCGAGCGCCCCUCCAGCUGCAUCUUUGAUUGCAAGGUUUGAAGGCGAAUGCGUCGUUUGCUUGGAAGAAAAGCCCGACACGAUUUUCCUGAACUGUGGUCAUGUUUGUACGUGCGGAAUGUGUUCGAGGCCACUGGAGCUAUGCCCUUUGUGCCGGGAGGUUAUUGUGCAGAAGUGCCAUCUAUACGGAGUGUGACUCGAGUGACAGUGGAAUUUGUAAAUAUUGGUAUAUUUGCUUGUAAAUAUUUAAUCUUUUAGUCGAACAAAAUUUGCACACUGAAAAUGGAAUAUGUUAUGCUAGAAGACCCCAAGGCAACCAAAAAGAUUUGUAAACAAUAAAUACAAUUGUGACUUGAAACUUAAUUUCACCCUAAUGUAUGUUGAUUUUGCCUAGUGGUACAACCAUUUUUAUAUUUACCAUAACAAAAUUCUCGUCUUUCUCGCAGUGCUAUAAACGCCAAUGUAAGGCGUAAGGCCAUCAUAGAGUUGGGUAGAGCUGUUUCUGAAUCAUUGUGAAUUAGGGGUCCAAAAAUAGAUUAAAAACCCCUAAAAAAACUUUGCAAAUAGAAAAUUUCAAAAGUGUCAAGAAAUCUAUAUUCCUUAUCAUCUUUUUAUGCGAUUUUAGCCAUUUUUUAAUUUUAUGCCCCGAAAAGUAGUAUUUGUAUGAAUCGUCACUGUGUAGUGAGAUCAUCCCUACAAAGUUUCCCAGCCGGUGUUGUGAACCCCAAACCCUUACCUUUGUCCACGAUGUCUAGAAUGACCCCCAUUUAUUUUGAAUUGGUUUAUCAAUUACAAAUAAUAUAUUAUGAGUCUUUGAAAAUCCUCACAGAAAAGAAUAAAACUGAUCCAAAAUUUUUCUAAAUAUUUUUUGCUUAUUGUUUUGCUAAUGCUAAGGGGGUUUUUACACAGGUUAAAACUGUUUGUAGAAAGUGCCCCUUCUUUUUACUCUCUGACUGUUAUUUUCAGAAUGUAUAAUUUUUAAAGAAUCUAUGUCCCAGAUUUUCCAAAAUACGGAACCCAAUAUCAGAGAAAUUAUAGAUGCACGUGAGGCAGAAUAUUCUCUCAUUUGCACCGGCCAGGCUUGUUUUCUCACAGAAUAUUUUUUAAGGUGAUUAGAUUAAGGUGGAGACUCGGUAGCAUCCUAUUUGACUUAUUCGAGCCUCCAUGUAGCAUACAUCUCUAGCCACAACCACUGAUCUAUGAAAAAGAGUUGGUCGAGCUUCUGUUGUGGCAAGAGUGUCGCCAUCCUAGAGGGAGCCCCAGAACAGUCCAUGCGAGGAGAAGGGAAUCCACCGUCACUCCUAGCAAUCAGCUGCUCUGGUCUUUUCCUUUUCCAGCACUCAUAACACAGCAUUGAAGCUCUCGCAUAUCCAUAUCAUUCACGUAUUGGUUUGUGGAGUGGCCUCCCGCUUUUUUGAGGGCCCUCCUUCUUUUGAAGUUGAGCGGGCUUCAAACUUUCGUGUUUCAUGGCAAAAGAGAGCUCGAUCCAGUCUUUUUUAAAGAUCAGGAGCCACAGCAUGAUAAGCUGUGCCAUGAACAGCGAGCCUCGAUGUGGAGAGGAGGCGAUGAAGAAAUUCUAGACACGCAAUUGCUUCGUAUUAUUUAGCAUAAGAUCUGUAUUUACCAUAUUUGCAAAGUUAAGCAAAGGUGUUAUAUCAGAUUUAUGCUUAAUGAUGAACCACGUAUCAUACCUUUUCUAAAUUCAAAAUCUGCGCAUAAUUUACAUAAUCUUAUAUCACAUAUUUCCAUUUCAAUAUCCAAUCACCAUUUAAUGGCACAUCAUAAUUUCUUUAAAUAUUUACCCAAACUGUAUUUGACGCGAAAUAGUAUCAAAUAAUCAGUGAUUGUUCUCAGUGAUUAUAUUCUUAAGAUGCAUCAUGAAUAUCACUA